CCCAAUCACGAGACCAAAAAAAAAAAAAAAAAAAAAACACUCUUCCUCUUUCAGGUUCUACUCUGUUUCAAACCUCAAGGACAAAAGAAGAAAAAAAAGUAUUCAAAACCUCGAUUUUAUCGAAAUCUCAUCGGAGAUUCUCUCCGGCGAUGUCUACACCACCAUCUUCGUCACCGAUGACGCCGCCUUCCUCUCCCAACACCACUUCUUCUCCUCCUUCCUCGCCGCCGCCAACUACGAGUACUUCCGCCGCCGUCUCGCCUCCGCCUUCGUCAGCUGCUUCUCCGAAUGGUACGUCAGGAGAUGCGCUGCAGCCGCCUCCCAGCGAUGGCUUGCCGCCUGGGACAUUAGCGGGGCUUAUAGUAGGCGUAGGGCUCGGGGCGUUAAUUGUGCUGAUUGGAGUUGGCAUUUUUGUAAUUUUCUAUAGGAGGAAGAAGAGGAAGCUUGCUCAGAAUCAUCCUGGGGUUCCUCCUUCUCAAGGGCCUAAAGUUGAUCCUCAGCAUUGGCAGCAGAAUGCUCCUCAAGUUACUGUUCUGCCUAAGCCUACUCCUCCACCAGGAAUUGCACCACUUCUUCAUCAGUCACCGGUGAAUGUUUAUGUUUCUACUGAACCUCCUUCAACGAGUACUAGUUUGGGCUCUGAGAAACCAUCACAUCCUUCACCUCCCCCAGGAAUGGCCAUUGGACAUUCCCUGGGCGCAUUUACUUAUGAAGAUUUAGCAUUGGCAACAGAUAAUUUCUCUGAUCCUAACCUCAUUGGUCAAGGAGGUUUUGGUUAUGUCCACAAAGGAGUGCUAAAAAAUAGGAAAGUAGUUGCAAUUAAGCAGUUAAAGGCUGGAAGUGGACAGGGUGAGCGUGAAUUUCAAGCAGAGGUUGACAUCAUCAGCCGUGUGCAUCACAGACAUCUUGUUUCACUAGUUGGAUACUGCAUUGUGGGAGACAAGAGGUUGCUUGUUUACGAGUUUGUUCCAAACAACACGUUAGAAUUUCAUUUACACAGAAAAGAGAGGCCGGUUAUGAACUGGUCAACCAGAAUGAAAAUUUCUCUGGGUGCAGCCAAAGGAUUGGCAUAUUUGCAUGAGGACUGUCAGCCCAAGAUCAUACAUCGUGAUAUCAAGGCAGCUAACAUUCUUCUUGAUGAUAACUUUGAGGCAAAGGUUGCAGAUUUUGGACUUGCAAAGUAUUCUUUAGAUACUGAUACUCACGUGUCCACUCGAGUAAUGGGAACUUUUGGUUACAUGGCUCCAGAGUAUGCCUCCAGCGGGAAGCUCACUGAGAAGUCAGAUGUUUUCUCCUUUGGGGUUGUGCUUCUGGAGUUGAUUACUGGACGCCGCCCUGUUGAUAAGGCUCAACCAUUCUUUGAUGACAGCAUAGUUGAUUGGGCAAGGCCUUUGCUCUCACAAGCUUUGGAACAUGGAAAUUUUGAUGCAUUUGUGGAUCCAAGAUUGCUGAAGGACUAUGAUUCCAGUGAAAUGACUCGAAUGGUUGCUUGUGCUGCAGCCUGUGUGCGCCAUUCAGCAAGGCAUCGACCACGGAUGAGCCAGAUAGUUCGAGCUCUGGAAGGAAAUAUAUCUCUGGAUGAUCUGAAUGAGGGAAUUGCACCGGGGCACAGCAGAGUGUUCAGUUCCUAUGAAAGCUCUGAUUACAGCUCAACCCAAUACAGGGAAGACAUGAAGAAGUUCAGGAAGAUGGCACUGGAAAGCCAAGAGCUUGAUAGUAGUGAACACAGUGGGCACACCAGUGAGUAUCAUGCUAACCCAUCUAGCUCCAGCACUGAAGGCCAACAUACUAACCAAGAGAUGGAAAUGUCGAAAGAGGAGAAGGAAACCAAAGACAUUAGCAGAAGCUCGUAACAAUCUAUUGCAAAUUGCUUGGAAAACUGUCAAUUCUUUUGCCACCCAGCUCUAUUCAUUAUUGCCUUGUUUGCUACUUGGGGAAACCAUUUCUAAAGCUAAUUUAAGAUUUGUUUGAGAUGUGCAUUCCCCUCCCCUCACCAGGUCUUUGGUUUUCCUCUUCUAUCCGAAAAUGUCAGCCGCCAACGAUAAUGAAAUCAAUAUUUGGUUUAGAGGAUUGGGUGGAUUUUGUGAAUUCCCACUGAAAACGCCUCGAUUUCAAGUAUAUUUGAUUGUUUAGAGUUCUCAAACCUCUAUUGUCUGUAUGUUUGAUGUACUAAUAGUCUAAUACUAACUAGUUCAUGCCUGGAAGUCAAGUGUUGUAUCAAUUAUUACAUAUGAGCUUCAAUAAAUUGCAGCCAAGGGUGUUAAUU